AUUUGAGACUUCUUAUUGUAGCCCACAAUACAAACAAAAAGUCCCUUGAAAGAAAAAUCAAAAGCAGAAACAACGGCGGGCUAAAUCAGCGAUUCAAAAACAAAACCUGAUAUUCAUUCAUUCCAACACUUACAAAGGAAGAUGGAAUGUUCAACCUCAAACUUGUUCGACACAGAACAAGUUAUCACUCAACAAAUCCACACCGUUGAUUAUUUCACUGCUUCCAUCUCCAAAUCCAUCCAAUCCCUCAAAACCACUGCUCAACAAACUUCUCAAUAUCAAGUUCAAUUAGAACAAGUUAAAGGCAAAUUGAAGGAAGUGGAAGAUGAAUUGGUUAAAGUACUCGCAGAAAGGACACGCAAAGAGGCUAAGAGAAUGGCUUUGAAAGAUGCUAUUGCAUCUGCAAAGGCAAAAGUUGGAAAUCUCAAUGCAAGUAUUCAAGAGCAUCGAAACAGGAAGCAAGAAUAUACAUCAUUUCUAUCUCAGCAGUCUCUUGCUUUGGCAGCAUCUGAGGGGAAGACAAAUGAUAGCAUUGAGCAUAGAGAUGAAACACAUGAGGCUAUCUCUUGGUAUAACAGGGUACUUGGCUUUCAUGUCAAAGGGGGACGUGGGGUAAAGUUCACGUUCAAGAAUAUAAAUUUGAAGAAUCCAAACGAGGAGUACUCUUUUACUGUCUGCCAUGAUAACAAUACUUACACGUUGUUAAGAUGUGAACCUUCCCUCGAUGGUAUAGAAGAGUUGGUCCAUGAAUUAAACAAGACAGAUGGUCUGUUUAAGUUUGUCAGAGUAAUGAGGAAAAAAUUUCAAGAAGCAGUGGCACAAGGGAGCAUAGUUUCAACGAGAGUUGAACCUGGAGAAUCUACCUUUAUCUCUUCAUCUGCUCCUGGUACAUCCGUUAGAAGUGAUUCUACAACCACAGAAAAUGAAGAACAAGUAGAACUCUCUGGCAGUAGUGCACAAACAAAGAAAAAAAACAUUCGUAGAAGGAAAGGUUUGGCACUUUUAUCUCCUGAUUCUGCCUCAUGUCGUCAGUCUCUGCGUUUGAAGACUAAGAAAUAAAAUACAAAGGAUGUUUGCUACCUCAUUUGAUGAUAUGUGCUGAGCUCCCCAUGGUUGCUAAGUGUUUGCUAACAAACAAAUUCGCACAUUCCUGACUUAUCUGCGUUCUGGUUGCCAAGUGUUUUCUAACAUUCACACAUGCCAGACUAAUCUGCGUUGAUGUAUUGUCUAUGAUCAUUGUGUAUUGUUAUGUCUUGUUUUAUUUGUAUAGUUCUUUUCAUUUUCCCGAAAUUAUGUAAUAUUCAGUGAGUAGGGCGUUGAUAUUGUUUAUUGGCAAUGUAUCGGUAAUGGAUUUCUAUGAUUUUUGGUUU